ACCCUAAUCUUGCUGCAAAAGUUUCCUGAAUUCUCUUCUUUUCUUAAGGUAUAUCUUUGUCUCUGAUCUCUUAUAUUCAGCUCCUUCGUCAGUUCUUUUGGUACUUAUAUUUCUAUUCCUUUUCAGAUGUCGAUGAUAAUCUACGCUAAGACUCUUACAGAAAAGACCAUAGCCCUUGACGUUGAAAGCUCUGACACCAUCAGUAAUGUCAAGGCAAAAAUCCAAGACAAAGAAGGGAUUCCUCUAGACCAGCAAAGACUCAUAUUUUCGGGUAAACUGCUAGAGGACGGCCGUACUUUGGCUGAUUACAGUAUCCAAAAGCACUCAACUCUCCACUUGACCCUCAGGUUGAGAGGCGGUAUGCAGAUAUUCGUCAAGACCCUAACCGGUAAAACCAUUACCCUAGAAGUUGAGAGUUCAGACACCAUCGACAAUGUUAAAGCUAAGAUCCAGGACAAGGAAGGCAUCCCUCCGGAUCAACAGAGACUAAUCUUUGCUGGCAAGCAGCUCGAAGAUGGUCGCACUCUUGCUGAUUACAACAUCCAGAAGGAGUCAACUUUGCAUUUAGUGCUUCGUCUGAGAGGUGGUAUGCAGAUCUUUGUCAAGACCCUUACCGGCAAAACCAUAACUUUGGAAGUUGAGAGCUCAGACACGAUCGAUAGCGUGAAGGCAAAGAUUCAGGACAAGGAAGGGAUCACACCAGACCAACAGAGACUUAUAUUUGCUGGCAAGCAGCUUGAGGAUGGUCGUACGCUUGCAGAUUACAACAUCCAAAAGGAGUCAACACUUCACCUUGUUCUGCGUCUUCGUGGUGGGAUGCAGAUAUUUGUCAAAUCUUUGGCAGGCAAGACAAUAACGCUUGAGGUGGAAAGCUCUGAUACGAUUUACAAUGUGAAGGCAAAGUUCCAAGACAAGGAAGGGAUCCCACCAGUCCUGCAGAAGCUAUUAUUUGCACGGAAGCAGCUUGAAGAUGGUCGCACUUUAGCGGAUUACAACAUCCAGAAAGAGUCGACUCUUCACCUUGUUCUCCGUCUCGGCCAUGGAAGCUUCUGAACAAGAACUAUGGCAGUAUUUACUGCUUUGUUUUUCCUUUUCGUUUUAUUGUUAUGUUUUAGCUUUUGA